GUCCUUAAUUUUGGGUUUGGAUGAGUUUUGUCCUCCGCUUGUAGGUCGCAAGCAUCUAUUCUUUUUCCUUUUUUUCCCCUUUGUUAAAUUAGUCCACUCCCUUUACAUCAACCAUUUCUGCAAUUCGAAGGAUCUAAACAAUGGCUCUUCAGAUUGCGAAAAGACUCCUACGAUGCCGCACCGAUUCAGUUGCAUCCUCUGUUAGGUUUUUCGAUCGGACCUUCACUUCCCAAUCCAAUUCCAACUUGAUCCGCGCUACUCUUUUCCCCGGCGAUGGUAUUGGACCUGAGAUCGCCGAGUCCGUCAGGCAGAUAUUCAAGGUUGCUGAGGUACCAAUUGAAUGGGAAGAACACUAUGUGGGGACGGAGAUAGACCCUAGAACCAACAGCUUUCUAACAUGGGAAAGUCUUGAAUCAGUGAGGCGGAAUAAGGUUGGUCUGAAAGGGCCAAUGGCCACUCCUAUUGGAAAAGGUCAUCGUUCCUUGAACCUUACAUUGAGGAAGGAGUUAAAUCUAUAUGCCAAUGUCAGACCUUGCUACAGCCUUCCUGGAUAUAAGACUCGCUAUGAUGAUGUGAAUCUCAUCACUAUUAGAGAGAACACUGAAGGAGAGUACAGUGGUCUUGAACAUCAAGUAGUAAGAGGUGUGGUUGAAAGUCUCAAGAUCAUUACCCGUCAAGCAAGUUUAAGGGUUGCAGAGUAUGCAUUUCACUAUGCCAAGACCCAUGGAAGAGAGAGAGUGUCUGCAAUUCACAAAGCCAACAUCAUGCAAAAGACAGACGGUCUUUUUCUUAAGUGUUGCCGAGAGGUCGCGGAAAAGUACCCUGAUAUAAAGUAUGAGGAAGUUGUCAUUGACAAUUGCUGUAUGAUGCUUGUGAAAAAUCCAGCACUUUUUGAUGUUCUGGUGAUGCCUAACCUUUAUGGUGACAUAAUCAGUGAUCUUUGUGCUGGUUUGAUAGGUGGUUUGGGCUUAACUCCAAGUUGCAAUAUUGGCGAGGGAGGUAUUGCCCUUGCUGAGGCUGUGCAUGGUUCAGCACCUGAUAUUGCCGGAAAGAAUUUGGCGAAUCCAACUGCUUUGCUUUUGAGUUCUGUGUCCAUGCUUCGUCAUCUAGAGCUUCAUGAUAAAGCUGAUCGCAUCCAAGAUGCCAUCCUAAAAACAAUUGCAGAAGGGAAAUACCGAACAGGUGACCUUGGAGGCACUGCCACAACAACUGAGUUCACCAAUGCCAUCUGCGAUCAUCUUUGAACAUGUGUAUAAUACAUAGUCAUUUUGAUGUCAAUUUUUUAAAUUAUACAAUAGUUAAAAAUAACGGUAAGGCGGCAAUUGAAAAAUCAGCACGAAGUAGUUGUUGAAGAUCGUGGCCCCUUGCACCGUACCGUCUAUUCAUGUAUUUACAUAUUUACAGAAGCCGGUAUCACAAGAGGCUAAAUAUUCACGCAGCCUUUGUUGGUGGCUGUCAUCUUUGAUUUUCUUAAUCACCGUUGUGAUUUUGUGACGGACAAAAUAUCUGUUCAUGCUUCCUAUUGAAUUGAACUGGGAGAAAUUGUUUGGCUGA